CGGCCCAUAUUUUUGAGCUGUGAGCCCAACUGUUAGUCUUUUCCCUCUUCAGCACGGAAAAAAAAGAAGUGUUCUUGUCUACUGGUUCAUUUUGCAUGUCAGUGGAAAAACCCAGUUCAGAGCUAACGAAACAGGUCACCAAAAAGAAGAGCAAUGAACAGGUUGAUCACGAGAAAGGUUGUUGAAAAUGCUUACAGGUUGAGAGCUCCACAAAUGAGUUUCUGUACAGACGCAGGUGCUAAAUUAUCCGGUUCCAAUUCUGGCGAGGAGCAUCCGAAGACGGAGGGUGUUUCAAAUAAAAUUCAAGAACAUGAUAUUGCCAUUGUUGGAGGGGGAAUGGUUGGGUUGGCCCUUGCUUGUUCCUUGGCAAGGAUGCCGUUGACGAAGCAUUUGAAUGUUGCCAUUAUUGAUAGCAACCCUGCAUUGCUGAGUGGAGUCCGCAUCAAGAAAGAGGACCCUCCUGAUCCAAGGGUCAGUACAGUUACACCUGCAGCUAUGUCAUUCUUCAAAGCGAUUGGUGCUUGGAAAUAUGUUGAGCAGCAUCGACAUGCAUACUUUGAUAAGAUGCAGGUAUGGGACUAUACUGGCUUAGGAUAUACAAAGUACAAUGCCCGAGAUGCAGAUAAAGAAUUUCUAGGCUGUGUGGUGGAAAAUAAAGUGCUACAGAGUUCCUUGUUGUCAUGUAUACAAGAGAGUACAGAUUUCCACAAGACUAUCUACCCAUCCAGACUAACGACUUUACAUCGAAACUCUUCAUCCAUGGGGAUGGGAAGCACAUCAUCUGCAUCGCCAACAAAUGAGUGGAGGAAUCCAGUGAAGCUAGAUCUAACUGAUGGCAGCAGCCUACGUGCAAAGUUGGUGGUUGGGGCUGAUGGGGCCAAGUCAAAUGUUAGAGAGUUGGCAGGAUUUACAACUACCGGAUGGAAUUACUCACAGAAUGCAGUCAUCUGUACAGUAGAACAUGGUAUCGAAAAUCAAUGUGCAUGGCAACGAUUUCUACCUUCUGGACCAAUUGCCUUAUUGCCUGUAGGUGAUAACUUUAGUAAUAUUGUCUGGACUAUGAACCCCAAAGAGGCAACUGACCGCAAAGUAAUGCUUGAGAGCGAAUUUUUGAAAGAUGUAAAUUACGCUCUGGAUUAUGGAUUUGGCCCUCACCCUAAAUCGACUACAAUUGGAAAUGGAGGCAUUUUUUCUUGGCUUAAACCGGAUGUGACAUUAUCUGCUACUGAGUGCUUUGAGGUUCCACCAAAAGUGAUGAAGUUGGCAUCCGAAAGGAUGGUGUUUCCAUUGUCUCUGCGUCAUGCCAAUGACUAUGCAUCAAAGAAUGUGGUUCUUAUAGGUGAUGCAGCACAUACUGUUCACCCUUUGGCUGGUCAAGGAGUUAACAUGGGUUUUGGAGACGCUCUUGCUCUUUCAAAAGUCAUUGCUGAGGGAAUUGCUGUAGGAACUGAUAUUGGGGAGGUGUCACUGUUAAAGAAAUUUGAAGCAGAGAGGAAGCUAGAAAACAUUGCAAUGAUGGCAAUCUUGGAUGGGAUUCAAAAGGCUUAUUCAGUUGAUUUUGGGCCUCUUAACGUACUGCGUGCUGCGGCAUUUCAUGGAGCAAACUACAUUUCUCCUCUCAAAAAGAGCAUCAUUUCAUAUGCCUCCGGUGAGCAGAGAUUGCCUGUUUUCUCUUGAGAGAUACAGUGUAAUUAUUCAAUACGAAAAAAAAACCUAAGCCAAAAAAAGAAGAAAGAAAGAAUAGGAAACGAGUUGAGUUAUUUGCAUGACUUGCAUAACAGUUGUUCUCUUGUUUAUGUUUUUCAACCAAAAAAGCAAACCCUUGAAUAAAAUAAAUUUGUCUUUCUCAAAGAGAACCCA